CGUCGCUAAAUGGCAUGAAAUUAUUUAGGUGCUGCUGAUUAGAAUUUAUACUUGUGUAUACAAGAUUUGAAUACGUAAAUUAUUUCGUUCGUAAAUGUUGUAAAUAAUCCUCCAUCAAUAGUAUAAGUGAGAAGAAAGAAGCCAAAACAUAUUAAACUUAUAAAAUGCCAUUACCAGCUGCAUUAGCUGCUCGGCUUGCUAAAAGAGGACUCAUUUCUGGAUCCGAAAAACACGAAUCCACCAAAAAGGAAUCAAGGAAAAAAAUUCAUGAAGAAGUAAUAGCUGAAGAUUAUGACAGUACAAAAGAUGACAUUAACCAAAUUGACAUAUCACAAAAGUUUAUGGGAUAUAGUGGUUGUCCCAAUAAAUAUAAUAUUUAUCACGAAUGCACAAAAAAGUGCAAAGAAUUGUGGGGUCUCGGACAUGUACAACCCUCUGACAAAUAUUUAAAAAAGCAAAUAAGAUUAAUACAAAGGUAUCCUUUGCCAGAAACCUGGAAAGCUGUUUAUGAUCCUGGAUCAGGUCAACAUUAUUAUUGGGAUUGGUCAUCUGAUUUAGUAUCUUGGCUACCACCAGGUCAUCCAAAAUGUCAAAUAUCUCAACCAGCUUCACAAUUAAGAGAAGAGUUGCAUCUUAAAGCCGCAGAUCAAGAUGAUAAUAUGUCAAGCGAUGAUAGUGGUAGUGAACAAGAACCAAUGGAAGUAGAUGAACCAGAUACAAGAAAGGAUAAGAAAUCAGAAAAUAGAUCAAGACAUAAAUCAGUAGAUAAUAAAAGAAGUCAAAGAUCAGAAAGAUCUGAGAGUAAAGAGAAGAAAGACAGGACUUUGGAUCCUAUGGAUCCAGCAUCUUACAGUGAUAUACCACGCGGAAAAUGGUCUGAUGGUUUAGCAAGACACAAUGAAGCUAAAACAGGGGCAGAUACAACUGCUUCAGGACCACUUUAUCAAAUGAGACCAUAUCCUAGUCCAGGUGCAGUUCUCCGAUCAAAUAGAGCUAAUAAAACGGAAUCAGAAUCGUCUAAUAAACCGAAAGUUUCAUGUCCCGAAAAACCAGAAUGAAUACUUCCUCAUUAUAUCUUCAAUGUAUUAUACAAUUUAUUAUACAAGUUUAAUGUAAAUA